GAGGAGGAGGAGUAGUUCUUACCGUGCUGAGAGCAGAGACAGAGGCAUUGGGACUGUGCGACUGCGAACUGAGAGAGUGACAUCAACGGGAGAGAGUAUCUGCUGAAAAGAGACAGCACGAUCCCGAGGCUGCUGAGCUCUUGAGUGCCCCUUAUUGGUAACCUCUCCUUUGCUGACUAAAUGGAUGCCUGGACACUCAAGAGAAAGUGACAUGCUGCCCUGGAAAUGUGCAGAGGACAAGGAAGUAAAGACAAUUGUGUUGCUGUAUCCCAUUGAACUGUGGCUCAAGCUCUACAACACAGACAUUAGCCAGAAGCAAAAACAAAUUUAAUUUAAAGAACUGUUAAGCUCUGAUUUUAACUGGAAACUGUCAAGAAGAAUGUCCCAAAAUCUAUCUCCGUGCAAGGUUUCCGAGGUGCCCAUUACUAAGAUGGAAGAGGAUUGUGAGGAGGAGGAAGCUUUUCAGUUUAGGGCGGGUUUGAACCACAUCAAACAGGAUGCUGAUAGCUCACCUCCAGAUUCAUGUCAAAUAUCUCAACAGAAAAGUGGCCCUUCUGGAUUCAGUAUGGAUGACAAUCUGGAGCUCAGUAGAACAAUGAGAGAUGCAAUGCCAGCCCUAGAGAAGUUGCUGUCCAGUGACUGGAAAAACAAACUAAACAGCAGCGAUGUAAAAGGUACCCAAGAGAGUCUGGCAGAAAAGGAGCUGCAGCUGCUUCUAAUGAUCCGGCAGCUGACAGGGCUGAGGGACCAGCUGCUGAGCGCGCAUUCCGAGCAUAGGAAUAUGGCAGCCAUGUUAUUUGAAAAACAGCAGCAGCAGAUGGAGCUGGCAAGGCAACAGCAGGAGCAGAUUGCAAAACAGCAGCAGCAGCUCAUUCAGCAACAGCACAAGAUCAACUUAUUGCAACAACAAAUCCAGCAGGUAAAUAUGCCAUAUGUCAUGAUCCCAGCAUUUUCUCCUGCUCAGACCAUGCCUUCUGACCCCCAAAUGACGAUGCCUAUUCAGCCUAUUCCUUGCAAGCCAGCGGACUUUCCAGUGCAGAUUCGUCAUAAUUCCCCAACAACGAGAGCUCCCACUGGCAAAAACCAGGAAUCCUCACAACCCCUAAACUUAACAGCAAAGCCUAAAGGUUCAGACCUGUCUCCCACUACUAGCGCUUCUCCUGGGUUCAAAACAUCCCCAGGGGGUUGUCAGGGAGGGGGAAUCGGGGACACUUCAACCAGCCCACAGAGAGCAGCUUUACCCCUGGGGUUCCUUGGCGAAGGAGAUGCAAUAACCAAAGCAAUACAGGAAGCGCGACAGCUUCUCCAUAGUCAGAAUACAGCACCAGAAAGCCAUGAACAAAGCUACAGGCAGGAGAUGUCAGACUCCCUGCUAGAUAAUGACUUGCAGGAUGAGGCUUCCCUUAUCCAGGACGAAUCUCUCCUCAGGUGCAAUUUGGACAUUGAUGGAUCCCGCCAUUUCUCAGAGGGACGGGGAAAUCAUAUUAAACGACCAAUGAAUGCAUUCAUGGUUUGGGCAAAGGAUGAGAGGAGGAAAAUCUUGCAGGCGUUUCCUGACAUGCACAACUCCAGUAUUAGCAAAAUAUUGGGUUCAAGAUGGAAGGCUAUGAGUAACUCUGAGAAACAGCCUUACUAUGAGGAGCAAGCACGACUUAGUCGACAACAUUUGGAGAGGUAUCCAGAUUAUAAAUACAAACCACGGCCCAAGCGCACUUGUAUUGUAGAGGGGAAGCGACUGAGAGUAGGUGAAUACAAAGCCCUGAUGAAGAACCGAAGGCAGGAACCAAGACAGGGCUUCAUUUUCUCGCCUCAAGGUUCCAUGGCGAAUCCACCCUCACCAACUGGGUACCAGUCACACUCCAUAGGUGGGGCUCUCUCCCACAUGCCCCCCUCUGACCUCUACCCUUCUAAGGAUUCCAACAUGCCAAUUAUUCUCAGCACUCAAACCUUGCGAACCCAAGACCCACAGGGGACCAUAGGAAGGGGCCAUAAUAUCUGCAGUGACUCUGAGGACUCUGGGAAGAGCGAUGGUGAACUGGUUGUAAUCACAGACUAAAUCAUACAUAAUAAGGGGCAAAGGACUUCCAUGUUCUGGAGAACGUGUACAUAAGACCAGAGAAUAUCCCCUUACAAAGAUCUCUCUAAUCUAGAGGUCUGACAUUAGAAACCUCAACUUGCAGUUUGCCAACUUGAAACCCUACCAGCCCCUCCCUUUAAUCAUCUUUUCACUAGACCGGUUUUCUGUGGACAGUCUUGUAGGAUGUUCAUAGAGAAAUGUACUGUAGAAAAUAGGGAGGGGUUUAACAUUUCCAUAUAAAUUAUCUGGAAUCAAAGUUAUACCAGAACUUCUCUAGAAAGGUCGUUCUUUGGGAAUUCUCUUUCUAAAAGAGUUUAUCGUGAGAGGUAUACUACCAGAUCUCAAUUGUCAGUGACAUUAAUUUCUCUGGGACUGAAAAACGUUGAGAUGUAGUUAUUGUUCUACACAUUAGAGGAAGAAGACGUGGAUGAAGAAAUAGUUUGGAGGGCUAGGAAAGGACAGUUUUCCGUCUACAUUUCUCCCUUAAAUACAGAGGAACACAUUGGUCUUGGAUUCUUUAAUCUUCAGUUCUCCAUUAAGUAACAACCAUUCAGGCUGGAGGACACAAUAGGGUGUGCAGUGGUCUUUUAUAUACACCCAAAGUGCCUUAUUGUAUGAACUAAACGGAAUAUGGAAAAUCCCUUCUACUUCCUUCAUUCAGCAUUCUCAAACCUCAUGAGAGUCACACAGCUAAACAUAUAUAUUUUUUAUAACUGUAAAUAUAGGUUAUAGAAUUUUUUUUUUUUUAUUUUGUUAAAGAGAAAGUAAUUUAAACUUGAAAUAUCUUCCCUUUCCCUUUACUGUGCAGGAAUAAAAUUAAAUAAAUCUUACUGUGCGUGACAA